CGCCCCUCCUCCUGCCCACCCGUCCGCCGGCCGGCAAUGCUCGCCGCCUCGCCCCCUCCCCGCCUCCCUCUCCGCCACCCAGUCCGCCCCCUCCUCGAUUUCCCUCUCCCAUCCCCUCGCCGCCGCUGCCGCUCCACCCGCGGCCGCCUCUGCGGCGGUCCCCGCCCUCUCUGCCGCCUCCGCGCGGACGCCGCGGCCGGGCGGCGCGCGGGCAUCGUGAUCGACACCGACGAGGUGGGCGAGACCGGCGACCGGGACCUCCCAGUGGACGUGUCGUUCGCGCGGAGGCUUCCGCCCGCGCUCACUGUCGGCGACGGCCUCGACGCGCUGCGGCGGGCCGCCGAUGAGCUCAAGGCCAGCCCACCUGCUGGCGCCAAGAGCGGCGUGAUCAGGUUCGAGGUACUUGUUCCACCCAGUACAAAGGCACUCAAGUGGUGCUCUCAGUUUAGAGGAUCAUCCUUGUUUCCUCAGUUUUAUUUAUCGAGGAAGCUAACCUCUGGUCCAUCAUCUCAACUUGAAAUAUGUGGCAUUGGUUCUGCAAUUUGCUUGCACGGUUCCUACGCAGUAAAAAAUGGAUUUGAUUUAGUAUUGAGAUAUAUUUCUUCUGACUCACACUUGAUAAGGGCUUAUGGAUUUGUAGGCAUGAAAUAUGACAGGGAAUCAUCAUUCAUAGAAGAGAAACUUGGCUCAUAUUACUUCUUCAUCCCUCAGGUUGAGUUGAGCGAGUUUGAUAGUUGUUCCAUUUUAUCAUCAACCAUGAUUUGGGAUGACUCUGUUUCUCACACAUUCGAGGAUGCAGUUUCUUUGUUUGAAUCUUGCUUUAAUCAGAUACAAAAUAGCUAUGAUCCUUUGGAUAGCAUUUGUCACAAAGGUUUGGUACCAAGUUACAUUUCUGGAGAUGCACAUUUGUCAGAGACGGGGAAUCCUCAGUUGGUGUAUUUGGAUACAGAACUGCUCGCCACAAUAGAUGCAGAAGGUAUCCCCUUAACCUUGGACAAGUUUUUGACUUCUGAUCAGUCAUUUGUUAGAUUUUCACCAGAGUUCCUCUUUUGUUCAAACAUGGAGUUAUACAUGCAACAAAAUGAGACAGAACCUUUCAUCAAGCGCUGCUCUAACAUUAAUUUGGCAUGGGCAUCCCUUGUAGUUGAAGAAUGUGUUAGACUUGGUUUCACGUACUUCUGUAUAGCUCCAGGGUCGAGAUCUUCCCCACUUGCACUUUCUGCUACAUGCCAUCCUUUGACAACAUGCAUAUCAUGUUACGAUGAACGGUCACUUGGAUUCCAUGCUCUUGGCUAUGGGAGAGGUUCAAGGAAGCCAGCAGUAGUAAUCACAUCGUCAGGAACUGCUGUAUCAAAUCUUCUUCCUUCAGUGGUUGAGGCAAGUCAAGAUUUCAUACCAAUUAUAUUACUCACAGCUGAUCGUCCUCCUGAGUUGCAUGAUGCUGGAGCUAACCAAGCCAUCAAUCAGGUCAAUCAUUUUGGUACCUUUGUAAGAUACUUUUUUAAUCUCCCUCCGCCCAGUGACCAAAUUCAUGCAAGAAUGGUUCUCACAACACUUGACUCAGCAGCCUACUAUGCAAUGCAAGCUCCACAAGGCCCAGUGCAUAUAAAUUGUGCUUUUAAAGAACCUCUAGAUUACACUAAUCGGGAUUGGAAUCUUGACUGUUUGAGAGGUUUGGAUAAGUGGUUUACAAAUAGUGAGCCGUAUACCAGAUACCUUAUAAUGAAAACGGUUUCUGCAUUCGGUAAUUAUUCUUGCUCAGUAAUGGAGAUUCUGCAGAUCAUAGAGAAGGCAGAACAAGGGCUUCUAUUAGUUGGUGCUCUUCAUACAGAUGAUGACAUGUGGGCCGUGGCUUUGCUAGCUAAGCACCUCUCCUGGCCAAUUGCUACUGAUAUUCUGUCUGGACUACGAUUGCGGAAAGUAGUAAAUUUGUUCCCACAGUUUGAUAAGAGAAUUUUAUUUAUAGACCACAUCGAUCAAAUUCUAUUGUCUGAUUCUGCUAAAAACUGGAUAAGCCCAGAUGUCGUUGUUCAGAUUGGUAGUCGUAUUACUAGCAAACGAGUGGGAAUGUUUCUCGAGACUUGCUCCCCAUCUUCCUACAUCUUGAUUGAUAGACAUCCUUGCCGUCAUGAUCCAUCACAUGUUGUCACUCACAGAAUACAAGCUAGUAUAGUGGAAUUUGCUGCUAGCUUGUGCCGGUGUACUUUUCAAAGGAAGACAAGCAGAUGGACAGAUAUUUUGAUGGUUGCUAAUUCAGUGGUUGCUCAGGAGAUAAUGUUUCAGAUACAUUCGAAAUGGUCACUUACAGAACCAUAUGUUGCUCAUGUAAUUGGGGAGUCACUUUAUGGUGAUGCUAUCAUGUUUGUUGGAAACAGCAUGGUCAUCCGAGACUUGGACAUGUUUGGCAAGGGCUGGACUGAUUACACUUCAAAUGGAAAUAGCCUGAUGAUGCAUCAUUUUCUGGAGUUUGUUGGCACAUUAGUGGCUGGAAACAGAGGAGCAAGUGGCAUUGAUGGUUUGCUCAGCACGGCAAUCGGAUUUGCUGUUGGAUCAAACAAGCAUGUAUUCUGUGUGGUUGGCGACGUAUCUUUUCUUCAUGACACAAAUGGAUUGGCACUUCUCAACCAAAGGGCACGGAGGAAACCUAUGACGAUAAUUGUUGUGAACAAUCAUGGCGGUGCGAUCUUCAGCCUUCUACCAAUUGCGAAAAAUACUUCACCACAAAUUUUGAACAAAUUCUUCUACACAUCGCAUGACAUAUCAAUUUCCAACCUCUGCGCUGCACACAGGGUAAAGCAUCUUCUAGUUCAAACAAAAGCAGAGCUUCAUGAUGCCUUGGUGAAAUCUAAAGUGGAACAGAUUGAUUGUGUGGUAGAAGUAGACAAUAGCAUUGAUUGCAAUGCCGACUUUCAUAGAAUUAUGAGCAAGUUCUCUGCCUAUUCUACAACUCAGUAUCUGGAUUAUCUUCUGGGAGAUCCAUGCUCUAAGAGUGAGUUAGAUGCCAUGCCUGUUUAUACAAUUCAUGGAGCAGAAUACAUGCUGUACAGGAUCCAGCUUUCUGCACCACGUACCUCUGCGCUAUCUGAUGGCAGAUUCUCUCAUGAAGGGUUUAUUCUGAAGCUUUGUAUGGACGAUAACAUCGCAGGAUUUGGUGAGGUUGCACCAAUUGAAAUCCAUGAGGAGGAUCUGUUGGAUGUCGAAGAGCAACUUAGAUUUCUUUUCCACAUGAUGAAAGAUUCUGUGCUAGAUGUUAUUCCUUUGCUGAGAGGGUCCUUUUCCAAUUGGAUAUGGACAAACCUUGGGAUUCCUCCUUCUUCAAUAUUCCCAAGUGUUAAAUGCGGAUUGGAGAUGGCCAUUCUUAAUUUACUUGCGUCACAACGGAAAUGUGGAUUGUCUAAAUUUCUCGCUGGUUCCAACCCCUUAGUACGAGAUCAGAACAGUUAUGCCAGCAUAGAGAUCUGUGCACUGGUAGACUGCAACGGUACUCCAAUGGAAGUAGCACUUGCUGUCGCCAAACUGGUUGCUGAAGGUUUUACCACAGUUAAACUGAAGGUUGGGCGUCGUGAAAGCCCCAUUGAGGAUGCAGCUGUUGUUCAUAAAAUAAGAGAAGUUGUAGGAUACAAGAUCAAUAUCCGUGUUGAUGCAAAUCAGAAAUGGACAUAUGAACAGGCAGUUGAAUUUGGAUCUAGGGCUAAAAGCCUUCGAUUGGAAUACAUUGAGGAACCAGUGAGCUCUGUAAAUGAUCUCAUCAAGUUCUGUGACAAGAGUGGCUUGCCUGUUGCACUAGAUGAGACUAUUGACAACCUUAAGGGGGAUGUAAUUCCUAAGCUUCAUCAAUUUGUGCAUCCAGGAAUAGUUGCUCUUGUUAUUAAACCCAGUGUUGUUGGAGGUUUUGAGAAGGCAGCUCACAUAGCAAAAUGGGCUCAAAUGCACGAUAAGAUGGCUGUCAUCAGUAGUGCGUAUGAGAGUUCUGUAGGUUUGGCAUCCUAUAUACAGUUAGCACAUUAUGUUGACCAACAAAACUCCAUAGUCUCCAGAAUAAAGAACAAAGAUACAUGUGGGGUUGUCGCACAUGGACUUGGAACAUAUCAAUGGUUAAGGGAAGAUGUAUCAGAGCAUAAGUUAAAUAUCCAUGCAACCCCACUUGGUGAUGGGAUCCGAGCUUCAGUAGAAGAUGCCUGUGGUUAUCUUCACCACUUAAACAUAAACAACAAUAAGAUAGAAAGGACAUACAGUGAAGAAAAACUGAGGUCAUAUUCUAUCCAAGUUGAUGUGGACGAUUGUUCUUAUCUAGUCAAACUUCAAGAGGCUGGUGAUCGAAUAAAUGAAAAGGUUGUUCUUUUGCUUCAUGGAUUUCUUGGUACGAGUGACGAUUGGGUUCCCAUGAUGAAAGCUCUCUCCCCCAGCGCACGGGUCAUUGCUGUUGAUCUUCCUGGUCAUGGCGAGUCACAAAUGUUGCAGCAUCAUGUUGAAAAUUCAGAACAAUUUCCUGUUACAGUGCAAUCACUUGCAGAUUUGUUGCUGAAGUUGAUAUGCCAAAUAACUGAUGGUGAGGUGGUGGUGGUUGGCUAUUCAAUGGGUGCUAGGAUUGCACUCCACAUGGCACUAAAUCAAGUUCACUUGGUAACUUUCUCAAUAUUUAUCUUUUCUGUGCUCUUCUUUCUUAUGCUGAUUCUGAGCUGGUUAUGGCAGAGUCCAAGACAGAUUCGAGGAGCUGUGAUCAUAUCAGGAAGUCCUGGAUUGAGAGAUGAAGAGAGUAGGAGACGUCGUAUUGCUAUUGAUAAAUCAAGAGCUAAGUUCCUAUUGUCUUGUGGGCUCGAAUGUUUUCUUGAGACAUGGUACGCUGCAAAAAUGUGGACCAGUCUACGAGAGCAUCCAAAGUUCAAUUCUCUAGUGAGGACACGCAAUAAACACAAGGACAUUAAAGCUCUAGCUAAGGUUCUUGCAGACUCGAGCGUAGGGAGACAAAGGUCCCUGUGGGAAGACUUGAAACACUUGAAGAGGCCUCUACUCAUCGUUGCAGGUGAAAAGGACACAAAAUUUAAAGACAUCUCACAGAGAAUGCGCACCGAGAUAACACAGCACAGCGAGUGCAGAUCUGAUGGUCGUGGUGGAGACGAGCUCUGUGACAUGAUCGUUAUCCCAGAUGCCGGGCACGCUGUGCAUGUUGAGAACCCUCUUCCUUUGGUAAGGGCCGUGCGGAAGUUCUUACAAAAGCUGCACUGAGCACACCUGAACAUGCAGAUGCAGGGGGAGUUCAGACAAAAUGGACACUUCAGGUUUGUUGGAAUUGUCCUCCGAUGCAGGGGAGUUCUCCGUUCUACAUUGCAAUUUGCCCGAGUAAAUUGCUUUUUUCGUGGGAGCCUGCAUCUUGCAUCUUAUGGUCGUCUAUGCAGCAACUUUUCCCCGUCUGAGCCUUGGUUAAUAGACAAAAACCCUCCAUCCUCCAUGGCCUGACUUCCCGUAUGGUUCGUCAGUUCAUGUGAUGCAAUUAAUCAGUGCAGCUUGUUCUUUGACGUGGGCCAGCUUUCUACUGCUUUUCCCACUGGCAGUGGCAGCUCUCAGCAUGUUCACAUCUGGAGUCAGUGUGCUCAACUAUUCUACAUCCGCCUUCGGGCAGCAAGUUUGGUCAAAGUUUUACUGAGCUGCAGCGAUUUAAGAUGACCUCCUAUGUAAAUCUAAGCAGCUUGAGGUAUACUACCUUCUACGAACGCAGUGUGUGACUGCUUGUUUUUCCUUGGUCUUUGUUGGGAUCUGGGAACCGGCCGACUGUCGAUCCACUGGCUUCUGUGCGAUUCCUGACUGUAAAAAAGUUUAAAAAA